AUGGCUGUGGCACGAGGAAAUUCACAACCUAAGCGCAGACGUGGGCCUCUUGUACGCAGCGGGGAUGGAUCUGAUGCGUCGGCAGACGACGGUGCACACACCUUAGAACAGUCGGGCUGGGUACAGCCAGACACUGACAUUAAGACCAAUGGGAGUAUAACAAAGAGAGCAAAGGUUGGAAGGUUUGGCUCGGCGGCUGGGAGUGUGGGUGUUUACUCGGAAUCCGAUGACGGCGAAGACGAUGAGGAACCCCCUGACCCUGCCGAUAUAAAAAAACACAGAACAUACAAAGGUAGGGGUACCACUGAUAGUAGUAAAGUAAGUGAGGACGCCGCGAUUAAAAGGAAACAUAGCACAGCGGUACAAUCAAAGGAUGUGUUUGCUGGUGCUAACAGCAACGGUGACAAGAGUGAGGUCAUUAAAGAGAGUGAGAAGGAAAGUAGUGAGGACGAUGUCUCGGGUGAUUCGUCGAAUCCAGAGAUGGAGAUAGAGCACGAGGACGACUACGAUAAUAAUCUAGACUUGGAAUCAACAUCGGAAGGUGAUCAAGGGGGGCGUGCGGAAAUAAGCAACGAGGAAGAAGAGGUGGUAGAUGAGGAAGACGAUGACGAUGACGAUAUACUGGACACGUCGUCAAUUAUAGAGGCGACCGAUGCCAAGAAAUCCCCGAAGAUGCGCAAGCGAAGGGUUAAUUUCACACCAGACAUGGACAACAAGCUGUUGUCGCUGAUACUGGAUGUGAGACCGUACUUGGCCGCUCGGGGGUACGUAGCGCGCUCAUGGGAUGAGGUGAGUAAAAAAUUUAAUCUGAGCUGUGGUGGUGACGGGCGGGUGCAGUCUACACAGGACACGUGCAAGAACAGAUUCCAGAAUGUCCUGGACAAGUACAAUGCGAAUGGGAAGUUAAGUGGAUCGAUUGCUGAAGUAGCAGAGAGACGAAGGCUGCUGGUUGCAAUUUCGGCGGAUAUGGCGAAUGAGAAGGGGAUUGAGAGGGAGGGGGCGCUUGAAGCUGGGGUCAGUGACAGGAUUCUGAGCCAGAAUACAUCCGUGGAUUACAGGAUAGACGACGAACUUACGGAACAAACUGCAGACAGUAGUGCAGAUAGAGGCAUACAAAGCAAGACUGAGGACAAUACGGAGCGAGAAGUAGGGACUGAUGAUAGUGAGAAUAGUAUGCAGUUGGAGCCUGCCCUGUCAGCGUCUGGCAUACCGUUUGGGAAGAACGUUACCUUGACAACCACAGUGGGCGGUACAAGGAGAAAGAAGUCCGCUAAGCGCCGCAGAGCGCACCUGCACGCGCAUGCAUAUGCAUACGUACCUACAAGCUCACACACACAAGUACAAGCUCAGGCACAAGCACAGGCCCAGACUGAGGAACAAGCUAAGGGACAGGGCUCGAACCUGAAUCUAAAAUGGCACUCGCACUCACACUCACCGAGUGGUGGUAGUAAGAAGUCAGGCCAAGCAGGUACUGCAGGUGCAUACGGCGACAGGAAUGACCCUGGAAGCCAUGCCAAAAACAGUAGAGGUGCUAAUGGGGACAUAGCCUAUGCGGGUGACCGACGAGGGGAGAAGCGCAUGAGAUAUACAGUGGCCAAGGUAAAGGGAACGAAUUUAGACAAUACAGGGGGAUCAGAGGUGUAUCGGGAUGGGGGCCGGAUCAGUGUGGUACAUAGCCCCUCUGGCAGGGCUACGAAUGAAGACUUGGUUAGCGAUAGUGGCAGGAAUGUACGAAGGAAAAGCACCGAGAAUGAGUACGAUGCGAGCGAACGCAAGUAUACCGACAGGAAGGCUGAGCGCGAGUUACGCAAACGAAUGUUCGACAAGAGUAGGUGGGAUGUGGAGCAGCGCUUUGCUGAAGAGAUAGUGGAACGGCAGAAAGAUCGUGCACUCCGGACUAAAGCUGUGAAACUGGAUCACGAGCUGAGAUUGAGGGAGAUAGUUGCGCGCGAGAGAGAAGCGGAUAAUUUAGAGGCGAUGAGGGUGAGUAUGGAUCGGUUCAGUGAGAGAUUGUCAGCCAUUGAGAGGCGGUUAGGGAACGAGGCCAAGAAGGAUGAUGUAUAGGCACAUGACUUUUACGUGCGCGUUGUGUUAGGGUAGUAUGUUGUUGAAUAUGCAUACUUCUCGUGAAAGCGCGGAUGUUAUACGGUGCUUGUACUUGAUGGCAACCGGAAACAGAGAAGACUCGCUUGUAGAUUAAGAUGACUCAAACACCUUUGUGAUAGCCUCGUACGAUUUGACAACAUACUAAAUGUCAAGCAUGGAAAAGCAGAGACUGCUUAGAGGGACUCCCCCCUCCCCACGCACCUCUCUUCCGCGCCUCUCUUCCACGAUCAAGUGAUAGCAGGAACGCUGAGUACUGACGCACUUGUGGGUGCAGCCGAGUACCGCACAUGAAGACCAUACCAUCGAAUAGGUCUUUUGAAUUGAUAGAGGUUCGUUACACUGUUUUAUCCAGUUAGAUGAUAAGGCUUAAUAUUCAUAAACCACAAGCUCGUCAACCA